AUGACAAUCGUUGAAGAUCUGUCCGGCCAACGCCGGUAUGACUAUAUCAUUGUUGGCGGGGGUACUGCUGGCUGUGUCGUUGCCAGUAGACUUGCGGAGACCCUCCCCUAUGCCAACAUCAUCAUGAUUGAGGGAGGUGCAAGUGAUUUCGGCAACGAAAACAUUCUCAACCUCAAGGGCCUAGUCGACCUCUGGGGUUCCGAAGACUAUGACUACGAGUAUCGGUCUGUCCCACAGCCAUUCGGUAAUAGCAACAUUCUCCAUUCCCGAGCCAAGAUGUUGGGAGGCUGCUCAAGCCACAACGGGGGCAUCUCCUUCAUUCCAUUCGAACUUGACCUGGCCAGAUGGCAGAAGCUGGGCGCCACUGGUUGGAGCCACGCCGAAAUGGUGCGUCUCUACAACAAGCUUCGUGUCAACAUUAUCCCCGUCGACGACCGCCACCGCAGCCAGCUGGUCAAGGAUUGGAUCACAACCUGCUCUAACCUCUUCAACGUUCCCAUCGUCAAAGACUUUAACCAGGAGAUUGCUCGGAACGGGAAGCUUACCCCGGCAACUGGCUUCCUUAGUGUCUCGUACACCCCCGAGAAUAACCACCGGAGCAGCGCAAGUGUGGCCUACAUACAUCCCAUCUUGCGAGGAGAUGAACACCGGCCCAACUUGACCAUCCUCCAAAAGUCUCGCGUCAUGAAGAUUUUGAUUAGAGACCAAACAGCGGUCGGUGUCCGGGUCAAAACGGACGCCGGAAAGAGUUUUAAUGUUGGUGCAAGCAGAGAAGUGAUUCUCACAGCUGGUGCUAUUGAUACUCCCCGUCUCAUGCUUUUGUCUGGUCUCGGCCCACGUUCUCAGCUGGAAUCACUCAACAUACCCGUCGUGAAGGAUCUUCCCGGGGUAGGGGAGAAUCUGCAAGACCACGUCGAGAGCAUGUACAUGUGGGAGCUCAACGAGAAAACCCCACCUGAACAAGUGGCCAUGGGGUCCGAGGCCAGCUUGGUGCUCCGGCGCGAGGUCCCAAACGCCAGAGGAGAUGAUGGCGAUGCGAUCGACACCAUGUUCCACAUGUUCACUGUCCCGUUUGACAUGUACACGAAGCCCAUGGGCUACGAAACCCCCAAGCAUGCCUUUUGCGUCAUCCCCUACAAUCCAAGGCCCGCUUCUGUCGGUCGAAUGUAUCUCAAGUCGGCCGACCCGAAUGAGAAACCAGCCCUAGACCAGCGGUACUUUAGCGAUUCCGAGGGCUACGACAAGGAUACGAAUCUGUUUAUGCUCAAAGCGGCGCGAAAGAUGGCGCAGGCGGGGCCUUUCAAGAACUAUCUGAAACGAGAGAUUGCGCCGGGCCCCAAGGUUACCACGGAUGAGCAGCUUUGCGAGUACGGGCGCAAGGUCUCAAACACAGUCUAUCAUCCCUGUGGAACAGCCAAGCUGGGAGACCUCAGGGACGAUCCCAUGGCCGUGGUGGAUCCAGAGCUCAGGGUUCGAGGAAUCAAGAGCCUGCGUGUCGCCGACGCGAGUGUAUUCCCAUGCAUGACAUCAAUCAACCCCAUGGUGACGGUUCUUUGCAUUGGGGAGAAGGCGGCGGAGUUGAUUGUUGCAGACUCCAAAGGGCUGAGCGCGGUACUGUAG